CCUCAAAGCAUCGGGUGGGCAUGAAAUUCCAAAGCGACCUGUUUGUCAGAACAGGUUUUCUAUAAAGUUACUGUGAAAGGAAAGGCUCAGGGAUCAGGGAGGUGUGAUCCCCUCCCUCGUUUGCUUAUGAUGCACCGUGAUAGAUUUAUUGGGUCUCGUUGACGAAAAAGGGAAAGGCGGAAAAUCACAAGGUCUGCAGAGCCCGAUGGAGGGGUUGUUUACACAGCUCUUCCGCUCUUAUCGUGGUCACAUUGCACAAAGCGUUGUCAUCUGUUUCACUGCCAAUGUCUUAAAGGUCCGUUCGCUGUUAGUUGUUGACCCAGGUUGGUGGACGAAGUCUCGAAGAAUUACCUCUUGGCGCUUAAAUUGUAUCUUUGCAAAGGUCAUCACUUAAUGGGUCCAGAUAAAGAAUGGGAGGAUCUCAGCCGUGCAAGACGCAGCCUGAUCUCCUGAGUUAUCUUUGAACUAGAGGAUUGUUUAGCUUUAUCUCUUAGAGAGAACUAAUUGUGGAGUUGGUCCAGAAUGAAAAGUAAAUGCUUAUUUCAAGAGCCAUUUCAAAGCAACAAAGCACUCCAAUUAAGUGGAUUUUUCAUCUUACAUUGACAUUUAGUCAUCAAGUAUCAGAACAAUACAAUACAAUACAAUACAAUAGAUAAAUACCUACUCAACCUCUGUUGUGUCUGAGAGGUUUUCUUUGGCUUUAUCCCGAUUUUGCAUGCAAUGUGCCGUUCCCCUGCAGAAGGAAGUCGUCUAUUAAUUGUUCACAUUGAUAAUAAUCAAGGGAGAGUGAGUGACAAAUGUAAUCUGUAAUCAUUUCUACAAAGCUUCAGUAGAAAAUGCACUAUCUGGGCCAGGAUUAACGUCAAAGAAUGGUUAGGGAAGUCCUGAUGAAGGGUCUUGUGUUAUGGACUCAGUGAAAGUCCCUUUAAGAUAGAGAGUGUGUGUGUAUGUGUGUGUGGGGCGUGAUUACGUCAAUAGAAGAUAAAGGACGUAAUGACGUUGUUGAAGAAGUCAGAAGAAGAAGAAGGAGAGAGAGAGAAGGGAGAGAGACACCAGCCUGCUUGUUUUCUCUAUCGAUGGAUGAGAAACAAUAACUGUGUUUGCCACUGAAAUCCAUGUAUGGAAGUUGGAAGUAAUCCAGUGGAGUUCACUUUGUUGCUGACCUGUAGAAGGAAACAGGUAUUUGUGUGUGUGGACGACCACGGUUCGGAUGCUUUUCGGGGUGAGGAAGUCACUACCGAGUAAACACUGAAGUGUCGUUUGGGUUCCAUCAUGGAACAUUUGGAUUUCGUAUGUACUCUCUCUAUGUUUUUCUACAUCUACAUCUUAUCUUCAGACAACGGUGGUUGUUGAAGAAGCCCUUGCUCAUGUUUCACCUUAUGGCUUGCGGAACUGAACUUUAAGAACCAUUCAGGAACUGGGAGUUUUGGACUUUGUCACACACACACACGACGAGUUUAGUUUGGGGUUAACGUUCGAGGUUUAACAUUCUUGAAUUCUAACAUACUAACAUUUUUUUUUUACUUUUAUUUUACGUAUUACCAUAAGUAGUGAUUAAUAAAAUAGUUUUUAACACUAAAUCAUGCUCAGUGUGUUUCUUUUGUUGCUGGUUCGUGACAAAAUUGGGGGCUCGUCCGGGAUCGUUCCCAAGGUUAACGAGUGUCGUCUGGGAUCGUUCCCCAGAUUGACAAGAUUUGUUCGGGAUUCAAUCCAAAUUCUUUUUAAUUGGCUUGUGUGUGUGGAAACCAGCAGCAAUGGAUAUUAAGGCAUUUUUGGAGUCACCAACCCAAAAGGGAUUGGAGGUGGCGAAAAAGGAUGAUUUGAUAAAGAUUGCUACCAGGCUAAACCUUACAGAAGUAAAGCAGUCUAUGAGAAAGGCAGAUAUUCAGAGAUUGAUAGCUGGCCAUUAUGUGGAAAAGAAGGUGUUUGAGAAGGAAGUGUUAAAACAGUUUCCUGGCAGUGAAAUAGCAAUUUCUGAGGCACAGGUGCAGCUGGCAAAGAUAGAAGCUGAACGAGAACAAACCCAGUUAAAGAUAGAGGCUGAACGAGAGCAAAAGAGAUUAGAGGCCGAACGAGAACAAAAGAAAUUAGAUGCCGAACAAAAGAGAUUAGAGGCUGAACGAGAGCAAACCCAGUUAAAGAUAGAGGCCGAACAAAAGCUAACUCAGAUGAAGAUAGAGGCUGAUCUAGCAAUGAAGCAGAUGGAGCUGGAUAACGAGGAGAAAAAGAGGCAGCAUGAGUUACAAAUGAAGCGUAGGAGUUCGGAAUCUGAUUCUGAUGAUGAUUUUUCAGCCAGCAGGGAGGUUCGAUUAGUCCCUCCGUUUGAAGAAGAUCAGGUUGAUCAGUAUUUCCAACAUUUUGAAAAGGUUGCUGUGAGUUCAAACUGGCCAAGGAAAGGAUGGGCUCUUAUGGUACAGAGUGUGAUUAAAGGUAAAGCUCAAAAAGCUUAUUCUGCUUUGUCUGUUGAGGAUGCAGCUGAUUAUACCAAGGUAAAACAAGCUAUAUUGAAGGCCUAUGAAUUGGUCCCUGAGGCUUAUAGACAAAAAUUCAGAGACUUGAGGAAAUCUGCAGAUCAGACUUAUAUGGAAUUUGCCAAUGGAAAGAGAAUAUGUUUUGAACGAUGGUGCCUGGCUAAAAAUGUAGAUGGGGAUUAUGAUAAAUUGACAGAAUUGAUACUGGUGGAAGACUUUAAAAGAUGUGUUCCAGCUGAAUUAACAACAUAUUUAAAUGAAAAGGCAGUGGAAACUUUACAAGAAACUGCUAGGUUGGCAGAUGAUUAUGCUUUAACCCAUAAAUCCAAAUGGGGACAACCUAAAACCUUUCAAAAGAGUUACAAAGACAAUCCAGGUAAACCAGAGAUUAAAUUGGGAGGUAAUCAAAAAGGAAAAGAUGAAAAGAAGCCAGGGCUGGAGAAAUCUGUUGAGCGUACUUGUUAUUACUGUAGGAAACCUGGCCACGUGAUAUCUAAUUGUGCCCUUUUGAAGAAAAAGAAGGAAGCUGGGCCCAAUGCUUGCUUUCAGGCAAUUAAAAAUCAAAAAGGUUUAGGAGAUGCUAUUAAAGAUCAGUCCUUGCAAGAGGUAAAAGCGGAAAAGUUGGAGGAGGUGAGAAAAGAAUUCCGUUCGUAUGUAUCAGAGGGUUUUGUUUCACUGAAUGAUGAGUCACCCCAGGUGCCAGUGAAAAUUCUUAGAGAUACUGGGGCUAGUCAAUCUCUCUUGCUGGACAGUGUUUUAAAUUUUGGUGAAGAAAGUGACACUGGUGAGGUAAAUCUAAUACGAGGCGUUACAGGUGAGACCAUGUCUGUCCCUUUUCACAGGGUGAUUUUAAAGUCAAAGUUCGUAGAAGGACCAGUCGAGAUAGGGAUAAGACCUAGUUUGCCAGUGGAAGGAGUUUCUUUGUUAUUGGGAAAUGACCUUGCAAAUGGAGAAAGUGAUCCUGUGGUACGGUUAACAACCAAACCAAGGAUUGAUGAGUCUGAGGAUGAUUCAGAUGUUUACCCAUCAUGUGCGGUGACUCGAGCUAGAGCUAGAGAAUUAGCCAAGACAGACAGUCCGGUGCAGUCUGAUGUAGUUCCUUGUGACAGUCCUAAACAGGAAGAAAAUUUUGAUGCCUUAUCUGAGACUUUUCUGUCUUCACUGGAGGAUCAACAUCCUUAUAGUGAGCCUGAAUUUAAAGAUUUGUCUUUGUCAAGGAAGGAUUUUAUGGUGGAACAGACAAAGGACCCUGAGUUGACAGAAUUGACAGAAAAAGCUCUCUCAUGUGAGGAGAUUGAAAAAGUACCAAUUGGAUACUAUGUCAAAAAUGGAGUGUUAAUGAGGAAAUGGAGACCUCCUCAUGUUCCUGUUACUGAGGAAUGGGAAGUUAUUCAUCAGGUUGUUGUUCCAAAAGUUUAUAGGGAUGAGAUUUUAAACCUGGCCCAUAGUAUGCCUUUGGGUGGUCAUUUUGGUGUGAAUAAAACUGUAGGGAAGAUCUUGAAACAAUUCUAUUGGCCUGGUUUGAGAAAAGAUGUGGUGAUGUUUUGUCGAACCUGCCACACAUGUCAGAUGGUAGGUAAACCAAAGCAAAAACCCCCUGUGGCUCCUUUGAAACCAAUUCCUGCUUUUGGUGAACCCUUUUCGAAGGUGAUUGUGGACUGUGUUGGCCCAUUACCAAAGUCUAAGACUGGAAAUCAGUAUUUGUUAACCAUCAUGUGUGCCACUUCUAGAUUUCCAGAGGCAAUACCCCUUAGAAAUAUUAAGGCCAAGACGGUGUCAAAGGCUCUUGUAAAAUUUUUUACCUUGUUUGGUUUGCCAAAAGAAAUCCAAUCUGAUCAAGGUAGUAAUUUUAUGUCAAAAAUUUUUCAACAAAUAGUCUAUGAGCUGGGAGCAAAGCAGAUUGUAUCAUCUGCAUAUCACCCAGAAUCUCAAGCAGCUCUGGAGAGAUUUCAUUCUACUCUCAAAAAUAUGCUGAAGACUUAUUGCUUUGAAAACACCAAGGAUUGGGACGAAGGUAUCCAUUUACUUUUGUUUGCCGUUAGAGAAUCGAUCCAGGAGUCAAUCGGAUUUAGUCCGUUUGAGCUUGUGUUUGGACAUCGGGUGAGAGGACCUUUGGAGUUGUUAAGAGAGCAAUGGGUUAAUGAGGAAGUUCACUUGAGUCUGUUGGACUAUGUCCAAAAAUUUAAAACUCGGUUGGAGAGAGUCUGCCAGCUAGCGAGAGAGAAUCUGAAAACAAGCCAGAUAAGAAUGAAGACAUAUUUUGAUAGACGUGCUCGGCCUAGGACAUUCGCAGUGGGGCAAAAGGUGUUGGUAUUUUUCCCUAGCCAAAAUAAUCCCUUGCAAGCUCGUUUUUCUGGACCCUAUGUUAUUGAAUCUCGAGUGACUGAUCUAACAUAUAUAAUCAAAACACCAGAUAGACGCAAGAAAACACAACUCUGUCAUGUAAACAUGCUAAAACCUUAUUAUGAGAGGGAUUCAGUUGUGGCCUUGGUGGAUGGUGAAAAGGUUGUUUCUAGAAUGCCUGAUGUUGAUGUUGAGGAAGGCCAAUUUAGACCAAAUAUUGUUCCAUCGAAACUAAAAAAACCAAAAUAUCAUGGAGAACCUUGAAACGAAGUUGGACCAUUUACAAGUUUCACAAAAACAACAAAUGAAAGAAUUAAUUUUAAAAUUUAAAAAUCUGUUCCCAGAUGUUCCAAACAGAACAUCGAUAAUUACCCAUGAUGUUGAUGUUGGGGAUGCAAAACCAAUCAAACAACACUCAUAUCGAAUGAAUGUGGAAAAAAGUAAACUUGUUGAUCAGGAGAUAAAAUACAUGUUGGAAAAUGAUAUUAUUAGACAUUCUACUUCAAAUUGGAGUUCGUCCUGUGUUAUUGUACCUAAACCUGAUGGAACUGUUAGAUUUUGCACAGAUUACAGGAAAGUGAAUGCUGUAACAAAGUCAGAUGCUUACCCUAUUCCUAGGGUGGAUGAUUGCAUAGAUAGAGUGGGAAAGGCAAAAUUUCUUACAAAGAUUGACCUAUUAAAAGGGUACUGGUGUGUUCCAUUAACAGAUAGAGGAAGGGAGAUUUCAGCCUUUGUAACCCCUUCUGGAUUGUAUGAAUACAAUGUUUUGCCAUUUGGAAUGAAAAAUGCUCCGGCAACAUUUCAAAGAAUGAUUAAUUCAGUGAUUCAUGGGUUAAAACAUACAGAUGCCUACAUUGACGACUUAGUGACUGGGAAUGAUACAUGGGAGGAUCACAUCUCUGCGUUAGAAAGAUUGUUUGAAAGACUUUCCAAGGCUAACCUUACAGUUAACUUGGCUAAAAGUGAAUUUGGCCAUGCCACUGUGACGUAUCUUGGUUAUGUUGUAGGUCAAGGCAAGCAAGCUCCUGUUCAGGCAAAAGUUCAAGCAAUAUCUGAGUUCCCUAUUCCCACAGGUACGAGGACUGUUAGAAGAUUUAUGGGAAUGGUUGGAUAUUACCGAAAAUUCUGUAAAAAUUUUGCUGAUAUUGCUCUUCCCCUAACUAAUCUUCUGAAGAAGGGAGUAAAGUUUGUUUGGACAGAUUCUUGUCAAGAAGCAUUUGAGAAGCUGAAAGCCAUUUUAUGCUACCAUCCUGUGCUCAAAACACCUGACUUUGAAAAGCCAUUUUCAUUAGCAGUAGAUGCCAGUGAUGAAGCUGCAGGAGCUGUGUUAUUGCAGAAGGGUGACCUUGAUGAUAUUGACCAUCCGGUAGCUUACUUUUCAAAGAAAUUUGAUGAGCAUCAAAAGAAUUAUUCCACCAUAGAGAAAGAAUUACUGUCGCUUGUUUUAGCCUUGCAACAUUUCAGUAUAUAUGUUUGCACCGCUCAGAAACCAUUGACUGUAUAUACAGAUCAUAACCCAUUGGUGUUUCUGAGCCGAGUCAAAAACAAGAACAGAAGGCUGUUCAACUGGAGUUUAAUUUUGCAAGAGUUUGAUCUCAUGAUAACUCACAUUGAAGGCAAAGAUAAUGUGAUUGCUGAUUGUCUUUCCCGAUGUUAAAUGGGAAACAUGUAUCUGUACUAAUCUGAUAGUCUGUAGUUGUGUAGC